AUGAUGUUUCCAUCGAGAAGUCGUACUGCAUCCUACCUCCAACCAAUGAUGGAAGAUCAGGAACUUGUCGGAUUCAACCGAGACAGAAGAAGAAGUUCUGGAUCAAUAAUUAUUGACAGUUUCGAACUAGGAAACGCAUCACCAAGUCGUCGCUCUUCAAUUGCUUCGGGCCUUCCACUCGACAAGAAACAAAGAAGAAAACUGUCGAAUCCAGUACCACUUCAUCAAUACACUGAAGAUCCCACACUCGCUUGGGAGAUGUUGAAAGAGAAGAGACCAGUGAAACCAGUACGUCAAAUGAGAUUGGAUACUCCAGUCAAACCCGAUCACGUUCGAUUUGUAUGUAUUGGAUGUACUCAUGGAGAACAAAUGGAUCUAUCAAGACUUCCACCUGGAGAUGUUCUCCUUGUUGCUGGAGAUUUCACUUCAUGUGGUCUCCCCAAUGAAGUUCACAACUUUAAUAAAUUACUUGGAAAACUGAAAUACGCGUAUAAAGUAGUGAUAGGAGGCAAUCAUGAAUGCACAUUUGACGACACAUUCCUGAAAUUAAACAAGGAGUCAGAACCUAAGGAAAUGGCGCUGAAACAGGCAUUGUUAUCAGCAAUUCACUCCGAUUCGAAAGGUGGAAUUUCAGCAAAAGAUCUUCUCUCAAAUGCAAUUUAUUUGGAGGACAGUGUUAUCGAACUCUUCGGAAUCACUAUUUAUGGAACUCCUUGGCAACCAAAAGUGGACAACUGGGCUUUCAACCUCUCUCGUGGACAAUCUCUUCUUGACAAAUGGAAUAUGAUCCCAACUGGGGUUGACGUACUUUUAACACAUACUCCACCACUAGGUCAUGGGGAUAUGAUGAACAAUGGACAGAGAAUGGGAUGUGUUGAGUUAUUGAAUACAGUGUUCAAGAGAGUCAGACCAAAGUAUCACGUAUUCGGACACAUUCAUGAAGGAUAUGGAUGCACAACUGAUGGAUACACAAAGUUCAUCAACUGCUGUUUGUGUAACGAAAACUUGGAUAUGAAGAACGAACCAGUAAUAUUCGACAUCCCAGUACAUCCGCAUACAAAACAAUUCUACGUUCAGAACGUGAAAAAGAUUCUGAAAAGAUUCCAGAAGAAGAAAUAA